AUGGACUUAGAAGACCGGAGAAUCCGUCGUAAAACACCAAAAAUCAAAUGUCACGAAAGAAAAAACAACCGUAAAGAAACGUAUAAUUGGAAGACCAAAGGAAAAAUAAAGUGCCCGGACAAAGGGACGACGAAAAUCCAAAAACCUGCUCAGAUCAACCCUCUAAUGACGAUACUGAUGAGUUCCCGGCCUCAACUUGACCAACCAACCAGCGACGCGACUUGCACCGAGAGAGUGCCUUUGACUUCAUACAGGACCGUGGUGCUGGAACUUCCCGAAAACUUGCAGUACAAACCUGCUGUAAAGAAGUCAGCUCUUGCCUACAAAUUAACAGCCCGCAAAUGCGUCGUGCCCGAUCCUAAUAAAUUGAAAUUGAGCUUGAGAUGGUAA